AUGUACGUGUACCUGCAGUCCUUGAGUUCUUCGCUCACUUUCCUGGCCUGGAUUCGGAGGUACACUGACCUCCGCUCACGACCGAUCGACUUUGGUCACUUCGCGUCUCGCAAUACUCGCUCGCUGGCUCUCUGUGUUUCUUCUCUUAGUGCCUGUGAAAAGCUGCCCCAGGGACCCUCCGUGACGUACCCUGAGAUCACGUCCUGCCCCGAGAGCUAUGGCCUGCAGCUGUACCAUCACCCCGCCAGCUGCAACCAGUUCUACAAGUGCGCCAACGGCACCCUCACCCUGGAGACCUGCGAGAACGGCCUGCUGUUCGACGGCAAGGGCGCCGUGCACAACCACUGCAACUACCACUGGGGCGUCGACUGCCAGGGACGCGAGGCUGAUGUGACCCCCAUCGCCCGUGGUAUCUGCGAAUUCUCCUUCGGUAUCUUCUCCAACGGCCCCUGCGAGACCUACUACACCAAGUGCUCCUACGGAGAGCCAGAGGAAUUCCCCUGCACGCCCGGACUCGCCUACGACGAAAGGAUCCACGGCUGCAACUGGCCCGACCUCCUGGAGUACUGCGUCCCCGAGGAGGUCGUCGGCUUCAAGUGCCCAGCUUACGCCGAACCUGGCAGCCUCGCCGCCCGGUUCGAGCCCUUCCCCAGGUACUCGGCUCGUGACUGUGGCCGCUACAUCAUCUGCGUGGACGGAAACCCAAGACUCAUCGGGUGCGGGGACUAUACUGUCUUCAACGAGGCUACUCUGACCUGCGAAGACCCCGAAUAUGUGCCCGAGUGCGCCAACUACUUCAAGUAAACAACAAAGGAGAUGUUGCCAGGAAUGAAAUAACAUCUUUGGCGUUCAUUAACAUCCUUAGAGAGAACAUCUUUCAACAGUCUUCAGUUCUUUUUGGAAAUAAAUUAAUCAACUUAUAUUUGUGUAUGUAUAUAUAUAUGUAUGUACGUAUGCAUGUAUGUAUGUAUAUAUAUACAAAUGUACAUAGAGUAUAUCAAAUUAUAUGAGAUUAUAUAUAUUUUUUCUGUAUAUUUCCAACUUGUGCCAUCAACUCUAUUUAGAUUUUUUUAUUUCUUAUUUUUAUCCUUUCUUUAAUUAUUUCGCAAUUUCUGUAAUCUUCAAAAGACUGUAAUGAAACCUGACGUAUAUAAGAAUUGUCUCCAUUUUUUCUGUAUUUCGGAAAUAAAAGAAUAUCAGAUCGA